GGGAAGCUGCUCCGCUUCAGCUGUCACAGCAGGGAGGGAGGAACUGUUUCCAUCCCUUAGUGGAGACCUGGAAUCCAGCACCAGUUUGGAAGUGGGUACCUGUGGCCUGUCCAACAGCCAGAGCCCUGUUGUGCUGGUUUUAUGAUCCUUCAGAGUGACCUUUGCGAGGACGUGGAACUUUUGAUUGCAACUCAGCAAGUGUGUUCCGGGGCUGUUCCUGGUGGUUUCAGGGCUGGGAAGUCCUCGGUUUUCCUUAGGCAGAGUUGUGAGCAUGGAAGCCAAGUUUGUGAGGAGAGGCUGUGUCCAGGUGCCUCCCCUUUGAGUCACCCUGGGGGAGUGUUUGGGGGCUGUGGGACACUGAACAGUGCUGCUGUCUCAAAGCUGUCCAUAGAUUUGCCAUGGUGCAAGUGUCCACAGCCACUGAUUCCUUUUGGAAUCCAAGAUUCAGCAUUUGUUUCUCUGAGGGUCACAGUUUGAUCAAUGAAUGUAGGUGUCUACGUUGUGCCUCCUGCUUGUUCUCAGUGGCAAAGUCCAAGGCAACUGUACAAAAAAAAAAGAGCAGGUAACUGGAAUUUACUGGGUUAUUUUUCUUUGUGAAGGAGCUGAUGUGUUUCAGCCUGAUCUUUGAAGUGCUCCAAUUGCACCCAGAGGGCAAGAGUGUGUCAUGAAGUUUCAAAGCUUUGGAGGAUGCUGGGGGGAGCAGGGGGUGGAAGUGAUACUUUGUGCUUUUUGAUUUAUGUUUAUGGGCUCAAGUUUCUCGUGACUUUAAUCUGGAAGAAUCCCAUAAUGUGAUGGGCUGGUUACAGCUUUCCAGAGGAGUGCAGUGCAGCCAGUAAGGCAAAGCAGUUGGAAAAGGCCUCAGUGGUGGCACAGGAAUCGAGGAAUGAAGGAGAGGAGGAGCUGUGAUUGCCUUGGGUCUAGCAGGGCUCCAGGAGAGGAGGAUCCAGAGCAAGCUUCCCAUGACUAACAGAUGCUGGCCUAGAUUAUGAGCUCAAACAAGAACGCUCGCUACAAUCGAUUCUCCAGUGGCACAACAAACAUCACUCCUUCAGAGAACACUAACGGGACAAGAAUGGAAACAACUUUUGGACCAGCCUACUCUGCUGUGACCACCAUCACAAAGCCUGACGGGACCAACACUUUUAAGCAGCACCGCCGGACCCCGUCCUCCUCCAGCACACUCACCUAUUCCCCACGGGAUGAGGACGAUGGCAUGCCCCCGAUCAGCACCCCACGCCGCUCUGACUCGGCCAUCUCCGUCCGUUCAUUGCACUCCGAGUCCAACAUGUCCUUGCGCUCGACGUUCUCACUCCAUGAGGAAGAGGAGGAGCCAGAGCCCCUGGUGUUUGCUGAGCAGCCCUCUGUGAAGCUGUGCUGCCAGCUGUGCUGCAGUGUGUUUAAGGAUCCAGUCAUCACAACCUGUGGGCACACGUUUUGUAGAAGAUGUGCCUUAACAUCUGAGAAGUGCCCCGUGGACAAUGCCAAACUGACCGUGGUGGUGAACAACAUCGCGGUGGCCGAGCAGAUCGGGGAGCUCUUCAUCCACUGCAAGUACGGGUGCCGAGCCGCGGCCAGCAGCAAGCCCACCGCCUUCGAGGUGGACCCCCGAGGGUGCCCCUUCACCAUCAAGCUGAGUGCCAGGAAGGACCAUGAGAGCAGCUGUGAUUACCGGCCCGUGCGCUGCCCCAACAACCCCAGCUGCCCUCCUCUGCUCAAAAUGAACCUGGAGGCACACCUCAAGGAGUGCGAGCACAUCAAGUGUCCCCACUCCAAGUACGGGUGUACAUUCAUAGGAAACCAAGACACUUAUGAGACCCACCUGGAGACGUGCAAGUUUGAGGGUCUGAAGGAGUUCCUGCAGCAGACAGACGAUCGCUUCCAUGAGAUGCAGGUGGCAAUGGCCCAGAAGGACCAGGAGAUCGCCUUCCUGCGCUCCAUGCUGGGGAAGCUCUCUGAGAAAAUCGACCAGCUGGAGAAGAACCUGGAGCUGAAGUUUGAUGUUCUGGACGAGAACCAGAGCAAGCUGAGCGAGGACCUGAUGGAAUUCCGCAGGGACGCCUCCAUGCUGAAUGAUGAGCUCUCCCACAUCAAUGCUCGGCUCAACAUGGGCAUCCUUGGAUCCUAUGAUCCUCAGCAGAUCUUCAAGUGCAAGGGGACCUUUGUGGGCCACCAGGGCCCUGUGUGGUGUUUGUGUGUGUAUUCCAUAGGAGACUUGCUCUUCAGUGGCUCCUCAGACAAAACCAUUAAGGUGUGGGAUACCUGUACCACAUACAAGUGCCAAAAGACCUUGGAGGGUCAUGAUGGAAUUGUACUGGCUCUCUGCAUCCAGGGGAACAAGCUGUACAGUGGCUCUGCUGACUGCACCAUCAUUGUCUGGGAUAUUCAAAACCUGCAGAAGGUGAACACGAUCCGAGCACACGACAAUCCUGUUUGCACUUUGGUCUCCUCACACAACAUGCUCUUCAGUGGCUCCCUCAAAGCCAUCAAGGUCUGGGAUAUUGUAGGUACUGAGCUCAAGCUGAAGAAGGAGCUGACAGGUCUCAAUCACUGGGUGCGAGCGCUGGUGGCUUCCCAGAACUAUCUCUACAGUGGAUCCUACCAGACCAUCAAGAUCUGGGACAUCCGCAACCUGGAGUGUGUCCACGUGCUGCAGACGUCCGGGGGCAGCGUGUACUCCAUCGCCGUGACCAACCACCACAUCGUGUGCGGCACCUACGAGAACCUCAUCCACGUCUGGGAUAUAGAGACAAAGGAACAGGUCCGCACGCUGACAGGGCACGUGGGGACGGUCUAUGCCCUCGCUGUCAUCUCCACACCAGAUCAAACCAAAGUCUUCAGCGCGUCCUACGACCGGUCACUCAGGGUGUGGAGCAUGGACAACAUGAUCUGCACCCAGACGCUGCUGCGGCACCAGGGCAGCGUCACCGCCCUCGCCGUGUCCCGUGGCCGCCUCUUCUCUGGCGCUGUGGACAGCACUGUAAAGGUCUGGACGUGCUAGUGAGAGCUUCACACUAGUCCUGCACACUGAAAGACCAAAAACUCUCCCUCCAUCGGCCUGUGGGUGACCACAUCCUCCGAAAUGACUGCUGCAGCUCCUCCUGCACCAACCACUGCCUGCUGCUGCCCCUGGGCCGGCCCCCCCCGCAGGGAUCCCGGCUGGCGGCUCUCCCGAUGGGUCUGCCCCAUGGAUGCUCCAGAUGUUCCCCCAGAUCUGCCCUAGCUGAUUGGAAAAGCAGAGGAAGCAUAUCCAGUGCCUUCCUCUGCCUGUGUCCCCCCAGCUGGGGACACCCCUGGGGCCAGGGCUGGGGUGACUCUGGGCCCCAGGGCUCCAGGCCGGGCGAGCACAGCCCUUGGCCAGUGAUGGGACUGGAUGGAUCAGCGUGUCCCAGUGGUGACACUGGGAGGCUGCUCCCCUGGCCAUGGUAGGACUGAGCAUUAGGCCCUGCCCUGGGUGGGCACCCGACCCCUUUCUUUCUCUAGUAUUUAAUUUUACUGCCAAGGCGCCGGGGCCGAUCCAUCCGGGAAGAGGUAUUUCCUUGAGUAGCCAGGUACGAUUUUUAUGCCACAGCUAGUUCUCAAAUCAAGUUCCACAAGCCCAUUGUUCACCACCCUGUAAUUAUGGUCUCCACAUUAAAGACAAAAAGCCUCCGUUGCAUUUUUACUCACAUUUUCUACUGUUUUUAAGAUUGUAAUAUAGAUUUGAUUAUUUCUUCAUUGACAAUAAAAGCGGAAAG